CAUAUGCCCCUCAGAAACCCGUCUUGGGGGGGAUCUCCCAGGAGGACCCAUCUCAGAUCCCACCAUCAGAAAAUGGAACAACAGUGAUCAUGCCGGUGGAAACAUCCCCUCUUUGUGGUAGAGCAGAAACAGCGGUUGUACUUCCAGCUCAGGUUCCUGUGUCCUUCGAAGAUGUAACUCUGCUUUUCUCUGAGGAGGAGUGGGCUCUGCUGGAUUUUGACCAAAAAACCCUGUACAGAGAGGUCAUGCUGGAAAAUGCUAAGAAUGUGGACUCUAUGGUAGGAAGGGCUAACAUUUUCAUGCUGUCUCCAGGAAGAGGAACAAGUACCUUCCCAGAUAGUUUCCAGUCCUUCUCAUCGGGGCUUGCAGUUGACAGGCAAGACACUGAGGAUUAUAAAGAACCAGGUGUGAAAUCUUUGCAAAGAACUGAAACUGGAGAAGGGAUAUUGAACAAUCAGGGGGAGCCAAAGGUGCCCGAGGAAAACCAGUUGAACAAUAGGAUGGAGAAAUCCUCUAUUUUUCAAUAUGGAAAAAACUGCACCUUCCAUACCCAACAUCACAAAGAAAAAGGAAGCAGUUUAGAGGAUGAAAAAAUGUUCAGGAAUAAAUCAGAUGAAUAUGAAUAUAGCAGAACCCACCUUAAACAAAAGCAGCGUGAAUGCAGAGAACAUGGAAAAAAUAAUGAUUUGAAUCUCACUUUACAUCAAAGCAUCAAGAUAGAAAAACCAUAUAAACACACAAAGUCCAGAAAGGGUUUCUAUACAAGCAAUGAUCUUAUUUUGCCUAAAAAGACCCAUGCAGGAAAGAAACCAUAUACAUGCAUGGAAUGCGGAAGAAGGUUCGAUACGAGUAGUGGUCUCACUUCCCAUAAAAGGAUCCAUACAGGGGAGAAGCCAUAUAAAUGCAUGGAGUGUGGAAAGAGCUUUACUCAGAACGGUCAACUUACCUCCCAUAAAAGGAUCCACACAGAGGAGAAACCAUUUAAAUGCACAGAGUGUGGAAAGAGCUUUAGAAUGAGACGUUCUCUUACUUCCCAUAAAAGGAUCCAUACAGGGAUGAAACCAUAUCAAUGCAUGGAGUGCGGAAAGAGAUUCAGUACAAGCGGUGAUCUCAUUUCCCAUAAACGGAUCCACACGGGAGAAAAACCAUAUAAAUGCACAGAGUGUGGAAAGAGCUUCCGCAAGAGUAUUAAUCUUACUUCUCAUAAAAGGAUCCACUCAGGGGAGAAACCAUAUGAAUGUACAGACUGUGGAAUGAACUUCAGUCAGAGUGGUCAACUUAUUUCCCAUAAAAGAAUCCACACUGGGGAGAAACCUUAUCAAUGCAUCGACUGUGGAAAGAGUUUUAGAGACUUGAGUUCCUUUACUUCUCAUAAACGGUUCCACACAGGGGAGAAGCCAUAUAAAUGCAUGGAGUGUGGAAAGAGCUUUACUCAAAGCAGCCAACUUACCUGCCAUAAAAGAAUCCACACAGGAGAGAAGCCAUAUAAAUGCACAGAGUGUGGAAAGAGCUUCACCACCAGUGGUUCCCUUACUUCCCACAUAAGGAUCCACACUGGGGAGAAACCAUAUAAGUGCAUAGAAUGUGGAAAGAGUUUCAGCCAGAGCACUUCCCUUACUUCCCACAUAAGGAUCCACACUGGGGAGAAACCAUAUAAGUGCAUAGAAUGUGGAAAGAGUUUCAGCCAGAGCACUUCCCUUACUUCCCAUGAAAGGAUCCAUACAGGGAUGAAACCAUAUCAAUGUAUGGACUGUGGAGUGAACUUCAGUCAAAGUGGUCAUCUUAGUUCCCAUAGGAGGAUCCACUCAGGGGAGAAACCAUAUCAAUGCAUGGAGUGUGGGAAAAACUUCAGUAUGAGCAGUAACCUUACUUCCCAUAAGAGGAUCCACACAGGGGAGAAACCAUACAAGUGCAUGGAAUGUGGGAAGAGUUUCAGCCAGAGCACUUCCCUUAGUUCUCAUGAAAGGAUCCAUACAGGGAUGAAACCAUUUCAGUGCAUGGACUGUGGAGUGAACUUCAGUCAAAGCAGUCAUCUUAGUUCCCAUAAAAGGGUCCACUCAGGGGAGAAACCGUAUAAAUGCACAGACUGUGAAAAGAGCUUUUAUACAAGCAGUUCCCUGAUUUCGCAUAAGAGGAUACACUCUGGGGAGAAGCCAUAUGAAUGCAUGGAUUGUGGAAAAAGUUUCAGUACAAGCAGUUCCCUUAUUUCACAUAGGAGGAUCCACACAGGAGAGAAACCAUAUCAGUGCAAAGACUGUGGAAAGAGUUUCAGUCAGAGCACUUCCCUCUCUUUUCAUAAAAGGAUCCACCCAAGGGAGAACCCACUUGCCAGCAUAUAAUAUGGAAGGAGCUUCAUUCAGGAUCAUGAACUUCUCAGAAAAGGAGCUACACGGAGAGGCCAUGUACGUGUGGAAAGAACUCAUUCCAUUUCUGAUCAGCAUGCCAGAUUGGAAAGGAAGUGGAUUAUGAUUACUGUGUUAGAGAAGGGAGAAGAUAUAUGGGCCAAAUGAAGGAGAUUACAGGAAAGCUUUUGAAGAGCUUCCAAGUUACUACAAGACGUACUACUACAUCUUGUCUGUGUAGUAAGUGGAGUAUAGCUAGACUUUAUGACAUUUAGCUAAGCAUAUGUGUCAAACAUAAUCCCAUCUGCAGCGAGAUAUUAGGGAUACUGAGAUUUUUAGUAAACCAUUACCCAAAUGGAAGGUGAGGGGUUUUUUUCUUCCUAAUCAUUACCUGUGAGUUGGGUUGGCAAUGCUGACUUUCAAUUUGGGAACAGACAUCCGUGCUGAAUAUGACUGGGUAAGAGGUAUAAAUGGCUACAGACAUAAGUGUGAAUGCAUUUGAGCAUUAGCCAGCCCUUAAUCCUAAUCCUAACUCGGUUUGGGGGAUUGUGGUUUAUCCCUGUUUGUCUGCAGAAAUUUAACAGUUUUUCUAAGACCUAAGGUGGACUUCUGUCUCUUUUCUUCCUUCCUUGAUCCACUUACCUCUUCUUGUGGUAAUACGCCCUGUUCUAUUCCUCUCUGCAUUUCCCCACCUCUAUUUCCAGCAAAAUUUCACCUUCCCCAAUCUCUAAUAUGUAUUUAUUGGGAGGGCGGUAACAAUCCAUAAUUGGCUACGUAAUUGGAGACUCUACUUUAGGCCACCACUUAAUCUCAGAAACCACUGGGAGAAAAUGCAAUGGCUGCUAGUUUUCUUGAUAAGCCAUGAGUUGGCCAAGCCUGUAGAUGAUACUGAAAUAUUCAAGAUAGUGAAAACAAACGUGAUUGUGAGGAAUUUGAGAAGAAUCUCUUGAAAGAGAAUGAACAGUCAACUCAGGGGUCAGUGCAGUUCCCUUGAAGAACAUCGAAAGUGACAUGUAAUCUCCUAAUUUGAUAUCCACGUUGUUGAGGCCUAAACUGUAGUUAAGCAGGAGAAGGAUCUCGGGUGAUAAUGGAGAUCUCAAUGGAGUCAUUGACUCAGUAUGUGGCAGUUGAGAAAAAGACAAAUCCCAUGUUAGGCAUCAGUAGGAAAGGAAUGGAAAUAAAACAGCUGAUACUGUUAUUCCCUUCUACGGUAUAUUUGCUUUUUGAAUAUUGUGUUUAGUUCAGGUCAUCCCAUUUGGAAAAAGAUAUACGAGAGAUGGUCGAAGUUCAAAAGCAGCCAUCCAAAUGAUCGGGGGCUUGGAUAUGUUUAUUUGUGAGAAUUGGCUAGAAUUUUUGGCACUCUUUACCAAAGGGGGAAAAAAGGAUGAAUCACCCUGGUGUAAAAAAUUAGGUUGCAGGGAUCAUCCAGUUAAGCUGAGUAGGAGGAGAUUUAGAAUAGACAAAAGAGUGUUUUUUCACGCUGCCCAUUGUUAAUUGUAACACUGCAUGGAUUCAGCCUCCAGGAUUUAAGCACCACUCGAUAGCAUUUCUUCCUUUAAUAAUGAUUUAGAUUGUGUGCCUAGUGAUUUAUAUAUGUAUGUAUGUAUAGACUUUUUGUCUAGAUUUUUAUUUUUCAUAUUGUUAGCCAUCUAGUCACGCAUGUGAUAUGGGUGGCCAUAUAAAUCCAAUUAAUUAAUUAAUUAAUUAAAAACAAAUUUACUGAUUUGUAUACUGAUUUGGAGAACUUGUGAUCAACCUCAAGUCCUCUCCUUGUCCAGAGAGGAAUUAUGAAGAGCCAGUCUAAUUGCUGGCUGUUCAUUCCACCACAUUUGUUGGCUCCAUCCAUCCUAUUUGAAAUUGCACCCUCCUGUCUUUUUUUUUGCAUAUUAACAAGGAUUGAUCUUUAUAUGAAGCUAAAUAUUAUGCAUUUCAGUUUGUUCUCAAGUGUUCAAGCACAAAGCACAGCAACAUAAUGUGAUUCCUUAGAAGACAGGAAGAAGAAAUCUGUACAUGCCCUAAGGUCCUCACCUUCUGUUACUUUCCUUCCAGGAUCAGUAUAUAUGCAGAGCUAGAAGACAGGAGGGUGCAGUUUCAAAUAGGAUGGAUGGAGCCAACAAAUGUGGUGGAAUGAACAGCCAGCAAUUAGACUGGCUCUUCAUAAUUCCUCUCUGGACAAGGAGAGGACUUGAGUUGCUCACAAGUUCUCCUGGCAGUUGCUCCUCCUGAGGAGACAGCAAGGCAGCAGUCUCCA